AAUUUUGUUUACAAUCGGCAUUUUUCGAUUUUUCAGUCUCCUACAAAUAUUAAAGAUAAAUUAAAUUUCUAUGAUUUAAAAGUCUUGUUCCCCCUGCAUCAUGCCAGGAACUAUUUUGGAAAAUUUGAGUGGAAAAAAACUAAGUAUUUUGAUUAGCGUUUUUUUAAUAUGCCAAUUAGCCUGCUUUUUAUUGGGUCUUAUAGCACCAAGUCCUGCAACGACUCAAACAAUCUUAGCAACAGUUUGUGUUGAUGAAAAUCCAUUAUCCUCACGUAGUGCUACUGAUAAAUGGUUUACUCGACAAUGUUCGAAAAGCAUACAAUUAUCUGAUCCAAAAGCCACUAUUGGUUUAGAUGCUAAUAAUUUGGUAUUUGUAACAGAGAUGCCAUUACUUAACUUGGAUUAUUCUCGUUGGCAGCAAAAUUUGGUUGGAAUACUUCAAAUAGAUAUGGUCUAUCAGAAUGAACAAAAAAUUUUGAAUCCAAUGAUCGAAUUGACACUUGAUUCUCGUUUAGCCUUUAGUGAUAAAACACCAAAUGGUGGUAAAACGCCUUGGAAGUACUAUUCUCAUGCUGAGGAAAAAAGAUAUAUGAAUUGCAUAUUUGAGGAGAGGGUUGAAGAAAAGCAUGGUUAUCCAUAUAACUGUACAAUGGUUGCUCUUUUUGAAUUAGGAUCUUUGUUUCAUGAUUAUUACCUAUUAAAUUUGCGUAUGCCUUACAAUUAUACAACAAAAAAGAACAUUGAUCUGGGUAAAGUUGAGGAUGUAUAUCUUCAUACUAUUUAUAUGAAUGGAGGUUUUACAAAAGUUUGGGUUAGUUUAAAAACCGUGUUCUUUCCUAUUCUUUUAAGCAUAAUGACUUGGUUUUGGCAUCGAGUGCAUAAACUUAACAGAAAACCAGUUUUAUUAGAGUAUAUGCUAAUAUCUUUAGGAUGUACUUUAGCAUUUCUUAAUCUCCCAAUAGAAUUUCUUAGUUUAACUUUUGAAAUGCCUUAUAUGUUAUUAUUAAGUGAUAUCCGCCAAGGGAUAUUUUAUGCCAUGCUACUCUCAUUUUGGUUGAUAUUUGCUGGUGAACAUAUGUUAAUUCAAGAGCAUGCAGAAAGAAAUACUUUAAAGAGAUACUGGAAACAUUUAAGCACAAUUGCUGUUGGAUGUUUAUGUUUACUUAUUUUUGAUUUAUGUGAAAGAGGUGUUCAAUUAGUCAAUCCAUUUUAUUCAAUUUGGGUCACACCAGUUGGUACCAAUUUGGCUCUUGCUUUUAUUAUUUUAGCUGGAAUAUCUGCAGGAUUAUACUUUUUAUUCCUAUGCUACAUGAUCUGGCGUGUAUUUAAAAAUAUUAGUAUUAAAAGAUCUGUUUUACCAAGUAUGUCUCAAGCCAGGCGAUUACAUUAUGAAGGUAUUAUUUAUAGAUUUAAUUUUUUGAUGUUGACAACAUUAAUUUGUGCUGCUGUUACUAUAAUUUCUUUUAUACUCUCUCAAGUUGAUGAAGGCCAGGACAAGUGGGAUGAAACAAUGGAUUUGGAGUUGUCUUCUAUAAUUCACACUGGUGUAUAUGGAAUGUGGAAUAUAUACAUUUGUGCUAUGUUAAUUUUAUAUGCUCCUAGCCAUAAACAGUGGCCAUUAGAUCCUAAUUGUUCUGACGGGGAAGAAGUAGAAUUUAGUCGAAUUCCUAAUGAAUCAGCUUCCAAUGAAAUUUCUGCUUUAACCAGCUUGUCUGCUAAAACAAGUAUUGAUUAAGUUUAUUUUAUCUCUAUACUGCUUGGUGCAAUACUAAUAUCUUAAAUUAUUUUUAAACAUUUGCCAGUAAUUUUUUGUGAAAAUACUAGACAAAUGGGUGCUUUCAUUAAUGUAGAGAAAUAUAAAAGUGCUCUCCUAUAUAGAAAUGCAUAAGACUAAUUAGUUUUUAAGAUAGUGGAACUUUUUUUAGUAACUCUUAUUCAACUUUAGAUUGGCUUUAUGUUCAGUAUUUAAAGCUAAAAUAUAAUUAUUUUAGAUACUUCAUGUUGUUUCAUACCUCAACUCACUAAUAUUGCUGCUCCUGUUCAGAAAUAUCGCCAAAUUUUAUCUCUGAAUAAUGCUCUAAAGAACUGCUAUCACCGAGGCUAUCGCAGUUUCUAUUGACUCGUUUCCGGUUUUUAUUUUUUAAUCUAGUUUUUUUAUGGUAAAAUAUCUGUGAGUUGAACUGUAUCCUUUAAAUGGUUUAUAAAUAUAUGUAAACUAUAAAUAAUAAAAUAUUGUACUCUGUGGCUAAUAAUCAAUUUGUUUCUUACUAUUACUUUCUUGGUAAACUUUCAGAACAUCAUGCAUGGUAUUUUUAGACCAUUUAAUAAGUAUUACAAGUACUUAAGUUUUAUAAAAUCAAUAAUUAUUAAAGUAUAACUGAAAUAUUUACUAUUAAUUAGAUAUAGUAUGUUCAUUGUUGACAUUUUACUGAGAUAGAAAAGUAUGUAACUCCAUUUUAAGAAAUUUUACAGGAGCCAAAAAAAGGUUUUUUUUUUAAAUUAUAUGUGUUUAAUAUGUGUUUGUGACGUUAUGAAUCAGUUGUGUAUACUAACAGAGAUCUUAGAUAAAUAAUUUGUUUAUCUGAGGCAGAAAUACACUUUGUUAUACAAAUGUCAGCCGUCUGGAGUUACAUAAUUUAUAUUUUCCAUUUUGGAACAAUUACUGCAGGAAAGGAUGAUACAAAAUUUUCUAGAGUGGUGCUAUAACCACCUAGAUAAUAGAAGAUACUAAAAUCUGUAAUUCAUUAAAAUGUAGUUACAAACUUUUUAGGUUUCGAUAUAUUUCUAGGUAUUUAUUCCAUGUGUAUCAAAUUUUGAAAACGAACAGUAUUGUAUUUAUUUUU